UCUAUUCUAAAAAAAGGCGAACAUCUAAUCUAGGCCCGGUCGCCUUUCUAUGAAGGCGAGCAGCCCAGCCCCCCUGUUGCUUAUAGUAUUAAGGGUAAGCGGUAUUUCGCAAUAGCAGCUCCGAGAAGCUGGGCUUAGGGUGCGCCUCCUGCGGUCGUUUCAGUGACUCAUAGGGCUUCCCUCAGCUCAGACUGGUGUCGCCACCUCUCCCAGGACCGGAAUGAUUAUCCCUGCCCGAUGGGUCUACAUUCAUCCCUGAAUGCCGUCGGGUACUCUUCACUUCCCCGCCAUUCUUGUAACCGUCACCUGUAAUCCGCGCAGGUGUGUCCGCACCCCCUGGAGUGGACGAGAAAGAAAGGAUUUCUCGGAGCAACCCCCCUGGUUCCAGACCCAGGAGUUCACUUUCCCGUAUGAGCAUUCGAUGGGUCGUCUGAGGGUUCGCCGCGGUUCAUUGCUGUGCUUACACACUAGGCUACCCUUCUCCGAAAGCUCCGCGGGACCACCUAUCACUAGUCUUCGGCCGGAGGAGUUUAUUGCACAAACGCCGGGACGCUGGCUCCCGCAGAGGGAAGCCCAACGAAUGUCAGAUGCAAAGCCCCGCACCUCAUUAAGAUCAUAUUGGCAUACUCUCCCAAAAAAAAAAGAGCAGACCCCAUUGAAGACGGGAGUGAGGUACAACAAGGAGGGCGGCUAUUUCCGCCCACCUUCUCACGGAGCCGUACGUGGACGUUACCGCUCAUACAGCUCCCAGCCAGCAAGCAUUUAGCUUUCCUCUACAAGGAAUGGAAGUGUGGAUGAAUCGACAUCAAAUAAAAUAGAGGAAUUAGGUUUUUCUUAUCAUAUCAGCAAUAAGAUGCAUGAUAAGAGCAUCCCUUUCACAAAAACCUAGGACCCCCCCCUCCCCCUCCAGCCACUUCAGCACCUUGUGAUCUUUGAGAAGAUCAAAGAUUCGACGGCUGGUUCUGAACGCCGCUAACGGUUUGACAUCCCUAAGCAA